AUGUUGCUGCUCGGUUUGAUAACCCUGCAAGUGCUCUGUUUAGUGCACUGCUACCCCAAUGGUGCUCCUACCGGUGCCUGUGAGGAUAUGAUGCCUAAGCAUGCAGGAGUUGUCCCUCAGCCAUCACCAGCUCCAUACAGCAUUCUCACCAACACCAAGAGGUAUCAGGCUGGAAUGCCAGUUACAGUCACUAUUAUUGGACCACAAUACAGAGGGGUGCUUCUGGAAGCCCGAACCGAAGGUUUCAAUGAUGCCUACGGGACCUGGAAACUCCCUCCUCCAGACACCAAAUUUCUCCAGUGCUCAGGGAAUCCAGAAGGUGCUGUAACUCAUGCCAACACCAACCUGAAGGGUAACACCACGGUCUACACCUGGAUACCACACGACACUGUGAAACCCAUAUAUUUUAUGGCCACAGUGGCUCAGCAGCGGACAGUCUACUGGCUAAAUGUGAGGUCCAACAUCCUGACCAACGAGAACGUGGGUGGUCUUAAGCUGGCAACAGAUGCAAGUGCAGGAAUGGCUGAAGAAAAACCUCUCCUUCUCUUUGUGAUAUGCUUUUUGGUGUUACAGAUUUUGGGGUAAAAACCCUUGACUGUUCCUGGCUGUUUUAAUGGAUUACAAUAAUAAAAAAAGUAGUUUUGACCAUUGAUUAUUUGACAUCCAAAAAUUCUUGCAGCUCUGUGUUACAUGAAUCAAGCAUAUUUGUUUCUUGUUUUAUGAGAUUUGCUCUGAACACAAAUCAUCAUGAUUGUUAUGUCAAACUGACAUUAUUGUACCAAUAAUUUAUAGCAAACAUAAAGCUAUUAUUUAUUUGAAAAGGACAUACAGGAAAAAAAGAGAGAAAAUAUAGAUUGACAGGCAAAAAGUGGGUUAUGUGUGACAUGCAAAAACCUAACUGCGGUGGUUUGUUAUUGACUCAAUUUCAUUUCAAGUAUUGAAGAGCUUGUAAUGACCUGCUUUUUCCACAUGGUUUGAUCUCUAACCUAGAUUCCUGGCAUGUUGAUGAAUAGAAACGCUAAAGAGGCUUAAAACUUGCAUCACAUGUGUCUUUUGAAGCUCAACAUCCCACAUUAUCUGUCAGGUCACUGUUUAUGGUCGUUCUAUGCACUUGAAACUGGAUGAGAAAACAUAUAUAAUUAAAUUUACCUAUAUUCUGCAAAA